AUGGCCAUUUUAUUCACUGAUUUGCCUGAUGAUAUAUUAUAUCUAAUCUAUCAUAAUUUAGAAAUAUUCACAAUUAAACGACUACAAUAUGUAUCUAAAUUAACAAGAUCAACCCAACAAUAUAUUUUUACUCAUAGUCAAUAUCGACUAUUAAUCGAUGAUAAUAAGAAAGCUGAAGAAUUGGAAUUACCAGGAUAUCUAAUCUCGAAAUUAUUAAUUCCAAAUAAUCACAAGAUGAUUAAACAUAUUGGACAAUUUAAAUAUUUUCUUAUCACGAUAUCAAUAUAUAACUUUGAAGAUACAUUGAAAUUAAUGAAUGAAUAUGUUGGGAUAUUUGAACAAUUAUUUAAGAAUCAUGAUGGAAUACCGAAUAAGAAUAAAUAUAUUCGAUUAUUUAUUCAAUUACAUUAUAGUUUAAAUACUUUUAAUGAUGUUAAAGAUUGUUUGAGUAAUAUUGAUAGAAUAAGUCAUUUUUUUAAUAGAUAUGAGGGGACUAAUGUUCAGAUAGAUUUAGAAUUGAACCGAAGAUAG